AAUAUUUGUUUUAUUCAGGGAGGCUCCUAUUCAAACCAAGCAAGUAAUGCCCCUCCAUUACCCCCAAAUCAGUUUGGAGAUCGAUUUCAACAAAGCGCCUACAGCCAAGAUUAUGGCCAACAAAGCAGAAGCAGAGAUUAUGAAAGACAAGGCAAACAUCCAGCUUCUGGUGGAAGGGAUAGUGAACCUCCAGAAAAAAGGGGUAGGUUUGAAAACAGUGGGAAUUCCAGUGCAUUAGAUUUACUCAAACAAGAAUAUGAAGAUGAUGAACCGUCACAGCCACCAAUGGCAGCUCUUAUGCAAGUGAAAGAAAUCAAACAGGAAGCUCAGUGGCCCAGAGGUGCAGCUCCUUUUGGGAUUGAUCCCCAGCAAUUAAACACACAAAGUCUGUUGGGACUACCUCCAGGUCAUCUUUUGGCUGGGCAGCCUGUAGCGUUUGGUGGAUCUAAUCUUCAGCUGAUCAGUUCUGCGGGGCUGGCAGGAGCAGCAGAGAGGGCAGCUGUUAUUCCAGGCUAUGGCCAAGCCUUUGCUCAUGCUGCUGCAGCUCAACCAGACCUUGUAAAGGGUUUACAGGAGAAGAGAAAUCUAGCAGAGGCUGCCAUGAGGGCAGAAGCAGCUAAUGCUUUUCUGGCACAACAGACUGCAGCAAAUCAGCAGGCACAGCUUGCUGAGACUUUAAAGAACUGGCAAAAUCAAAAUCAGCAACAGGGCAGUAGCAGGCCUAAUAGCCGUGGAGGCUAUAAUGAUCAUCAAGGACGAACACGCCCACACUCAAACCCCUCCCAAGGCUCUGGAUAUGGAAGAUCAAAUCCUCAGUAUUCAUUAAAUCCAAACCAAUCAGCCAGAGAUCAAAAUAGACCUAGUAGUGCAGACCAGAGAGAAAGCUAUGGCCAAGGGAAAAAUAACCAAUCUGGCAACUCUGGUGGUAGACUAAAUUAUGGACAGGACUCAAAUUCUAAUGAAUAUGGUGGCUCCGAUUUUGACAAAUCCUCCUUGGACUCAUCCCAAAAUAAUGACAAGCGAAGAAGGGAGAGAAAGAGACCUAGUAAAUGGGACAACCCAGACGACAGUAACAGUAAUGCAGCAGCCGCAGCUGAGAGUGGUGUGAGUCAGGAAGUGAUGGCAAAAGUUCAGGCAAUUCAGCAAAGUAUUCAGAGACAGCAUGAGCAACAGGAGUCUCAAGCCACUGAGGGUGGUCCAACAGGAAUGCCUUCAGAGGAAGGCAUCAAGCAAGAGAAAUGGCCCGAAGGUCAAGAAAAUAAUCAGUUCCCAGGGAACUUUGGUGGUCCUCCAGGUCCAAGAAUGGAUGCAGGUGGUUUCCCUCCUCAGCGUGGUGGAUUUGGAGGACGACCCCCAAGACCCAUGAUGGGAAGAGGUGGGCCCCCUGGUCCAGGACAAAGACCUCCACUGCCCUUCAGGCCACCUGGCCCAAUGGGAGACAGAUUUCCACGUCCUGAUGGAUUCCCACCAAGACCUGAUGGAUUUGGAGGUCCUCGUUUUGGAGGAAGGGGACCUCUUCCACCAGAUCAAAGAUUUGGAGGCCCUGGAAGAGGUGGUCCACCUGGUCCCCCUCCCCCUGGCGGACCCCCUGGACCCCCUCCCCCAGGCGGCCCACCCGGACCUCCACCUGGCCCUCAUUUCAGACCGCGAGGUCCACCUGGUGAUCAAGGAGGCAUGAGAGGUGGGAGACCACCAUUCGGAGGAAGAGGUCCACCUCCUUUUGGUGGAAGAGGAGGAGGAAUGCCGAUGAGACCACCACUUCCUAGAGGAGGACCACCUGGUGGAAGGUGGCCACGACCUUAAAUUAGUGUUGGUUUUAUGUUGUUGUUGCUUUUACACUUGUCAUCAUGUAGGAGAAUUAAAUUGUUUUCAGCAUGGCUGUUUUUAAUUCAUGGGAAAACAAAAGAAUACUUUUUAAAAUCAGUUAAUUCCUUAAUUUCUUUUUUUGUGAUUUUUUUAAAGCAAAUACCAAAAUAGCAUAAUAAUCUACUACUCCACUAAUCUAUUGUAGAAAGAGUAUACAUAUUUCUUAGCAGAUGUUCAUUUCAGCUUUUAACAGGAACAUUUCUUAAGCUCAAGUCAAAAGUUAUCAAAACUGGUAUUUUAAUAUUUUGUCUAGCAAAUUACUAAGCAAGUUCUAAAGUAAUUUAAAAAAGUAAAGGUAAUCAGUUUUUAAGAAAGAAUUUUUAUGUUAAUACAUGAGAAAUAAGAUAUUUUUUUUUAUUUCAAAGAACUGAAAUACUUUUUUGUUAGAAACAAAUUAGGAAGUGUAAAUUGUUUACAACCAAGGAAUUCCUUCAUAGUGCUUAGUUAUAUAAAUGAUUUAUCCUUUAUAUGAUUGUUCAUCUUGCACCAUUUUUUUGUCAACUCUUGAAAGUAUUUAGUCAAUAGUUUUAAAGCUUCAGUAGUAUAAGACAUUCUAUUUCAGGUACUCGGAAUAUGUAUUUCAGUGUGAUGUUCAAUUUAUUUGAUUGAAUUCUUCAUAUUACUAUGAACCAUGAUUUGCACCAAAAAAAAAAAAAAAUGACUUCACAUUACUAGGAACAGCAGCAUAAUCAUUAUCUUGCUUCAAUGAAAAAAUAUUUCCUAUGAAAUCAGUCUACUAUUUCAGAUGCUCUACUUUGCAUGUACAGGUUGUGGAAUGAAUAUUUUGUCAAUCACUUUUAAUUUACCUAGAAUUAUUAAUUAAUUAAAGAGAUUUAUUGUUAAACUUUAGGAGAACGUAGUUGAGCUAAGUUUUACGUAAUCUGUAAAGUUAAAUCUUCAAAGAGAAAGUUGAAGUAUUUUAUUUGAAGAAGUGUUCUUUUUAUCUAAAUGUAGUAUAUAAAGUGAUUAGAAGCUUUAUCUAUAAAGUAAAUACUGUUUUAAAUGCUGUAGACGUAUACCAUUUAAGCCGUUUUCAGGUGUAACUGUUCACACUACCAAUAGCAUGCUUUUGAUUAACUGUAUAAGAUCUUUAUGUAUAACCUCUACAAUUGUUGUAUAAAAUGGUUUCUAUGUUUUGUGAUGUCUAUUUACAUGAAAAACCACUGUAGGUUUCACCAUACCGGAGCUAGGUAAGCAUUUUUUUUUCAGCUUCGACAUGCGAGGUGGCCUCGUCGUUCUUUUUCAGCAGAAUGAAGUAAAUUUUAUAAAAUGUA